AUGCCGGAGACUAUCAGUGAAUGGCUCCCUUUCGAUGCGUCGCAGCCCAAGCGCCGGCGAGCUGAGCUCGUCUGUGUGGUUUGCCACGGCAAAAAGGUCAAGUGCGACCUUCAGGCCAGAACCUCUGAAGGCUACGAGAGCUGUACGAAUUGUGACGUCUGGGAGAAGGAAUGCCAUCUUCGCCCUUCGAAGCGUACAAAACGGCGACGUCUUGUACGGCCAGGCCAUUCAAGUCGUGUCCCAACACCACCAGCGACAUCGGCUUCUGGUGAUGAAGGAAUCGUAUCACAAACAGACGCGGUUGCCGAUGCCAUUCAUGUUCUAUCCACCGGCUUCAAUGAUUUUGUUCCGCCGCCUCCGCCUUCCCGCUCUCGCCACUCAAUAUCAGAGCAGCAUAGACAUGCCUCAUCCCCGCAUUCAGCUGCUCCGGCUGUCCGAUCUCAAGAAAACCACCUCGCACCAUCACCAUCACAGAGGUCACAGAGCAGUGAUGCACGCACCGAAGGUGUUGCUGAGAGCCACACUGGGGAUAUAGACACUGGAUUCUUACAGGUCUAUGCACCUGAGAAUCAGUCUGACGCUGAGAAACAGGCAUUGAAGGCGUGCCUAGACCACAAGUACAGUCUCUCAAAUCCACAUGAGCAGGAUCUCCAGGAAAGCUUCGCCGAGACAUAUUUCGAAUACUGUUAUGCCUGGUGUCCAGUUCUGGAUGCAGACACCCUUGCCAGCGAUAUUGCGCGAUCUCCUCUCCUUGCAAAUGCGUUAGCAACUGCCGCAAGCAACGUGCAGCCACCACUGGUGCCGUAUGAAGGACCGGCCGAGUAUUACAAGAAGGCACGCACAAUAUUCUACGAAGAUGAGGAGGCAGAUGGUUUGACUACACUCAUGGCCGUUUCUCUAUUCUACUGGUGGGCUCCACGGCCCCCAAGCACAGUUCAUCGGCAUUCAUCAUGGUGGUGGACGUCCGUCCUCAUUCGUCAUGCGCAGCAAAUGAAUCUACACCGUGAGCCAACAGCGAGUCAAAUCGUUUCGGGCAACUUGAACCUAGGAUUACGAAGGAGAAUCUGGUGGACGGCAUUUAGUAAGCCAGCCAUCAUCGAUCUCGAUGACUGCAAUAUACAAGAACCCACCCUAUCCGACUUUCCAAGCGAUCUCAGAUCUCAGAGGAAAGGAGAGAUAUUUAUAUACUGGGUUCGCCUUUGUGUCAUCAUCGGGAGGAUUGCAAAAACACUCUCACGUUCGACGCUGCCUACGGCAGAAAUAUCACCAGACCACCACAGACAGGAGUUGGUGGACUGGGUCAACUCUCUUCCUCCUCACCUGCAACUUCCCAUCGGCUCAGCUCGCACUCAGAACUUUGACAAAGACGUGCAUCAGUUACAUCUUCCAUAUCUCACCACCAUCAUUGUCCUUCAUCUCAAACGCUCAGCCAACACUCUGCCAGAAGCACUUCCUCCGGCCAUAUUAGCAGCAUCCUGCAUUGCCAGAAUAUUGCGCGAUAUCUUAUCUCGAGGCAACACUCGCUUUUUGAUGGCAAUCACCUGCUGGUACACUGGAACGGCAUUCAUACCACUACUUCAGGCCUGUCAAAUCCCGCACUUAGCGAAAGAUGCCAAUGACUGUCUUGACAUCCUCGUGAGGGCAGCAGACCAGCUUCAGAUCAUGUGGGGUUCCGCGAACGUCAUCAGGCAGGGCUUCUCACGUCUGAGGGGUACCAACUCAGGUGCGAUACGAGUUACAAGGCCGGGGGCAGAGAAUAUUGAGCCCAUCCAUGGUGAAACUGGCGUUGUCAUUUCCGAUCCACCAAAUGUCGAGGCAGUCCCAUUGGACAGAGGAGGUUUCGAUGACUUUGACUGGACUGCCCUGUUCCCAUUCGCUACACAACAUACUGGAGGAAUCGCUGACAGUCUGUUGACUGGUCGGGCCCAUGGCACAGCAACAAGGGGUUUCCCGUCUCCGGAUAAUGCGCUAUUCCAUGAGAAACUCGUUAAUCAGUUUGAGGAUUUGUUCGAACCUUUUGUAGAUUACCGUCUGGACUUUAUGGUCCCUGGAUGA